GUUGAUCUUUAUCAGCACAGACAGCUGACCUCUUCUAUGAAGGAACUGUUACUAGAUCUGUUCCUCACAUCACUACAGUUGUGUUUAUAACGUGGAUGUGAGAGGUUUUUUUUUCCUAGAAACAAUGACUAGACUUCUCAGAAGGAUAUUACUUGUUUUUGUAGUGUUUGCCAAACAUGGGACAGGAGACAAACACGGGACACUGCACUGUGAACCACAGAAUAUGCAGCUUUCAAAUGUGAGUGAGGAGCUCCAGAUCACAUGGGAAAGCCACCCCUCCUGUUUGUGUGUGAAAAACCUGACAUAUGAGCUGCUAGUCCUGGUCGAACACAAACAAGUGCACCAUGAAGAGGUUGAAGUGGUGGGAUCUAGUCAUAGGUGGAGCUGGAGAUCCUUCUUACCACUUGAGUGUGCAUCACAUUCUGUCAAGAUUAGGUCCAGAUGCAAAAAUCAGACAAGUCUGUGGACAACUGAGACUCUUCCAGCUCAGGAGCCCUCAGCUGAGAUACAGGUGUUUCCUCAGGACCAUGUAUUUGAAGUGGGAAGCAAAGUCAUUUUCUGCUGCAUUAUUCCAGAGGGAGAAAUGUUGAGUGAAAUGUUUCUGGAUAACUAUGAUGCUCCUUCCAACACCUCCAUGCUCAACAAUCACACAUAUGCUCUGACCGUGGACCUGCUGUCGCCCACUCUCAACUCGGAUGCUAAUGUCAUAUGUAAAACGCACACGGAUCAGAAUGGAGCGUGUGCCAUCUUUGGCUACCGACCAUCUGACAGUAACCUUACAUGUGAAACUCGAGAUUUCAUGUCUGUUGAAUGUUUUUGGAAAGUUGGCGACCAAAUCUUUAACAAUCCUACUAACUACUGGCUCCUUGAACAAUCAUGUGGCCAGACUAAUGGCACAUGUUCACAGAAAGUUGAAGUAGACAGCAGUGAGAGGAACUGGACACUAAUUGCACAUAAUGUCCUUGGCACCAUUGAACUUACUGACGAAGCUGAUCUAACAAAGAGAGUGUACAUGUAUGCACCACAGACUGUGCCAGUAUCCCUUGUCUAUGCACGAAAUGCAAGUCUAAGAUGGUUUUGGACUGUCCAGCAGUACAACCUACUCAAUCUGACUUGCCAAAUAAAUAUCGCUGAUAGAAAAAACAAAAUCCAAAUUGAAAAGAAUGGCAUUGGUCUUACGUCGAUUGUGUUAAAUGACCUGAUACCAAAUUGGACUUACACUGCAAUAGUGCGAUGUGCUACAGUGUCAGAUUUUUGGAAAUGGGGCGAUUGGAGCCAACCAACUUCAUUUGACACCAAGGGGGACAUUCCUGAUGCUCUAGAUGUGUGGAUGCACCAAGAAGGCAACCAAACUCUUAUCAUAUGGAAAUUGCUUGAAGACCACCAAAGCCAUGGUCACAUCAUAGACUACGAAGUGAUUUGGACAGACUCAGAAGAGAAAGAACAAUUUAAUAAACGGAGCAUUGUUCAUCCCAGUCAUAGCAUUGCACUAAACCUCAGGUCAUUUAAAAAAUAUAUUGUCAAAGUGACUGCCAGAAAUGGACAUGGAAGCUCUAUCCCCUCACACAUCAUUAUUCCCAGUCACUUUCAAGAUACACCAGAACGCAACAUUACGCAGAUUAGAGGCAUUGAAGGUGGAUUUAAUUUGUCUUGGGCACCAAGUCCAAAUGCAAGCUGUGGUUACAUUUUGGAUUGGUGUCCCGUAUCAGGAGACCACAGUUUGGAUUGGCUCAAGGUGCCACCCAGUAAAACCAGUGCUACCAUAUACUCAAAGAACUUAAAAGAUGGCGUUAGAUACAGACUGUCAAUAUUCAUUUGCACAGUGGAUGCUCCGGUGCUGCUGGAGACAAGAGAAGGAUAUGUGAGGGAAAAAAGGAUACCAAAUGACUUAUUUAAAAACUUGAGGUGGGAACAACAUCCAUCAGAUGUGAAAAUAUCAUGGGACAAAAUCAUCUUAAAGGACCAGAGUGCUUUUAUUGAAGGCUAUGGCCUGAAUUGCACAGAUGAAAGUGGAAUCAUUCGGGUCACCACAGAUGAUCUUGAGGCCUCUAGUCUGACUGUGAAUCUCAAUAUCGGUUCAUAUGCUUUUUCUGUCUAUGCCCUGACUUCACUUGGAGAAUGUGGUUUGACAACGCUCGACGUUACCUUAAAUUCACAUUCUGAUAAUUUGGUCAGCGCCUUCCUGAUUUCUCUGUUCACGGCAUUCACUUUACUUUUGGUCAUCAUUGUGGUUUGCUACAGGCACUGGGCUUGCAUCAAACAGAGAGUAUACCCAUCCAUCGCUGAGCCAGUGUUGUCAGGAAACUGGUUACCUUCUCAGGCUGUCGCGUCAUAUUGUUCCAGUGAAGAAUUCACCAUGGCUGUCUCAGAGUUACACUGUGAAUUUCCAUCAUUAGAAAACAAUAACACCUGCCAGAAUGACAAGGGCUUUACUUACACCACAACUUUAGCACAAACUCAACCUCUUAAAAAACACAUGCCCUGUGAAGUUGUUUUACCUCAAGCUUCUAGUAUCAUAUGUUCAAAACAGAAUGUGUUUCCUAACCCAACAUACAGUUUCAUCUUUCUGGGGAACAAUGAGGAGACCGAGUUGGAAACAAAAUUUCAGAAUUUUGAAGAAGAGGUCUUAAACAAUUAUCAGCCUCAAGACUUUAUUGAAAAUCAAACAGAUGAAGACAGUAUGUCAUGUGUCUCAGCCUAUAUUGUUUUACCGCAAUCACCCUAAAGCUAUGCAUUUGACUAAAAGAUAUUAUUUUACUUUAACAGUAACCAUCUAAAUCUAUUGUUUGUAACAAAAAUGCAUGUUGUUGUAUCAUCAUUUUGUGGUUUCUUCAUGAUGAGAAUGAGCUGGAAGUGCACUUGAGAGCCAACUGUGAAGCCCACAGCUAGAUGUAAAUGAAAAGCAGAUUUCUGAAUCACUCACUAAACUGUAACUUUAAUGGGUACUUCUUGUAGCAUCAAUAAUUGUACUGCCUCUUUAAAUGCCAAUGUUAUAAAAUAUUUAAUGUGUUCGUUAUCUUCUGAAUUAAACUACUGAAACACUU